AUGCAAGGAUAUCUUCACAAAGACCUGAUCGACGAGGGAUUCAUCGACGUCAGUGAUUUGCACAAGAUCUACUACGCACAAUAUGGGAAGCCAAACGGCAGGCCAGUGAUCUAUCUUCAUGGCGGUCCCGGCGCCCGCACAUCAAAACAAGACACCAGAUACUUUGAUCCGUCUGUGUAUCGCGUCGUACUGUUGGAUCAGCGGGGCAGUGGGAAGUCAACCCCAGUGGCAGAGCUCCGCGAGAAUACCACACAGCUACUCAUAUCUGACAUCGAGCUACUGCGAUCCCGACUUGGUAUUAGCAGUUGGGACAUCGUCUUCGGCGGAUCUUGGGGGUCAACCCUCUCCCUAGCAUAUGCACAAGCACACCCGGACAAAGUUCGCCAUUUGGUACUACGUGGAAUCUUCCUUGGCGAGGAGUGGGAGUUUGAUUGGACAUUGAGAGGGGCCGGUGCUGCGCUAUUGUUUCCCGAUUGUUGGGAGACAUUCCUCAGCCAUCUACCUGAGGACGAGCGGAAGGAUCCCCUCGCUGCUUACCACAAGCUACUGACCGCCGAGGAUCCCGAAACACGGCUCAAAGCAGCAAGGAGUUGGAACAACUGGGAGAUCUCCAUCUCAAACUUGGUCCCGCCUCCAGAUGCGUUCGAGAAAGCGGAUGAUGACGACUGGAAUCUGCAGCAUGCUCGCGUGGAGACUCAUUACUUUGUCAAUGGCAACUUCUUAAGAGGUGACAGGGCUCUUUUGAAGAAGGAAAAUAUGGAUAAGAUUGCCCGUAUCCCAGCCUAUAUUGUACAAGGGCGUUACGACAUCGUGUGUCCGCCCAGAGCGGCAUGGCUAGUCCACAAAGCACUGCCGCAGUCGAAGCUAUACUGGUCUUCAAUGUCAGGCCAUAGCGCAAUGGAACCCCAGACUUCGGAGAGAUUGAUCCAGAUUUGUGAUGAGCUUCGGGAGCAGUAA